AUGGCAAUGAUCUUGGAGGCCUUUGUGAAGGAAAUCACGGAUACUUUUGUUCUGCUAAUCAGUUACUGUGGGAUGGGUGUCUCCAAUCAGAAUAAAAGUGUUGCACUAGUUGUCUUCAUUAAAGAUGUUGAGAAGGCGAUCAUUGGUAAUUCAGACAUUCUGAAGAGUAAACUUGAAAGCUUACCACAAAAUGUUGCUGUAAUUGGAUCACAUACCCAGCUCGAUAGUCGAAAGGACAAGGUGGUGUUUGAUUAUUGUAUUAUACCACACAUGAUGGCAUUCUAUAAACAAAGCUUGGGGCCAAUCCAGCAGCAUUACUUGGUCUUUCUUUCCCGCCUUAAGUAUGGGCUGAACAUUCUCCAGGGCAUUGAAGGUGAAAAAAAGAAUUCCAAAAAAUCGCUAAAGACUUUAGAAAAUGUGAAGGACACCUUUAAGGAGUUGGUUAUUCCUCUACAGAGAUCUGAACUCUUUAGCAAAGGACAGUUGGCUAAGCCCUGCAAGGGAAUACUACUCUUUAGCCCCCUUGGUACUGGAAAGACAAUGCUUGCGAAGGCUGUAGCAACCGAGGCUCGAGCCAACUUUAUUAACAUUCAAUGUCUAGCAUUACUUCAAUAG